UUGCACAUUACGAUACCUACUUUCUUAGUAUUGUACAACAAUACAACCGUGCCCCAUCUGACUACUAGUACAUCUUCUACUCCUUCCUCAUAUUCAGCCUCCCCUCGUCUCUUAACAGUUUCUCCAGCACAAUUGCUGUGCAGGUCACACCUGAAUUCUCACUGAUCCUCUCCUUUCACCCCCUUUUCCUUUUUUCUUUUUUUUACUGACUCCAUAACUGUCGCGCGUCAUCCCCCACUACCCACUACGUAUAUAGCUUGAGAACAAGUGAUCAGCGUGAAGCGCCGCUAUCUCCGAGUGAUACAACUGGGUUUCGGUCCGCCGUUGUUUGUCGAUCUGUCAAUGCUCGUCUUGAUGGACAGCCAAAGAGGGUUUCGCAUCUCAUGAAAUAAUAAUGCUAUUUAAUUUGGGCCUGACAGCACAUGCAGCAGCGGCUCACGAGAACGACGCUGGCCCUCUACCUGAGUCGCAACCUUCGGGGAAUUUAAAUCGUCAUUCCUCGCCACCGUCGGUUUCAUUUGCGACAUUUCCGACAAUGGGUUUGGGGAGUUUUUACGGCCGGUAUAAGGGCUCAGAGACAGAGCGAUCCCAUAAGGGGCCACCGCGGGCGAUGUCUGCAAGCCCGGUGGCGUCGGUGGUUUCGAGCGAUGGAGAGUACUCGACAGCAGGGACAGUCUUCAGUCAAGCCCGGAACACCCGCGCGCAGACAUUUAGGAAACAAUCGUCGCGGCCUAAAACAAUCUACCAAUUAGCUCACCCCGCGUCCCAUGCACGUCAUAAGCGACUGAGGCUCCGACCCAAGCUUCUUCUGCAGCUACAGCGAGUAUCACAAACCCCACGCCCCUUGCCUGUCUUGGAUGUAUUACCGUCCACCGUAUUUUUACCCAGAUUGUCGCGCAAGUUCCCCACGAUUUUCCGAGGCAAGAAGGGAUUGGGUCCAAAUGAUUUGAUUGUCGUGACCAGCGAUCUUUAUGAACGAUCGGGCGGGGAUAUUGCAGAUAAGUAUCUCAGCUCAGACGAGGAACACGGCGAACAUCGUGAUGUCGUCGCAACAAUUUGCCAACUUCUCAAGGAGGAUGCGUUGUCGAAAGGGAAGGCGGAAAUUUGUCUCAAUUACGGCCCGGUGUGGGAAGCGACGCCCCUUCCCAAUGGGUCCUACGAGUUUGUGGCCAACACCGAAAAUGGUAUUCAGAUCCUGCGUUGGGUACUUCGCGGAGCACGGAAUCGCCGCAUCUCUGCACCCCCUGGAACCGCGCCCCAGGAGGAGACCAAACGAUUCACUUUUAGCGUCAUCAACCCCAACACCCGUCGUCACCCCGUCAUCGCGACUAUGGCUCGAAAUCACUUGGAAAUACUUGACGAGUACGCGAUGCCCACGGCAUCCGGACUUCCUCUGUCGCCAACGUCUACGAUGUCUGUGAUCAGCGAUGAUUCUGAAAUGGACGCCUCCUUGGACAAGAAGGUCAUUGAGACGGACGAUAAUCUCCGCACGUUGAUCAUCAUCACUAGUAUUUGGGUGGCAUUCAGAGAAGGCUGGUCGCAUUCUUUCACUUAUGACGAUUCAGCUGUGACUUUCAAUGCAGCGCUUUCCCCGUCUCGACAGCCAUCUCCAUCUGCAGUUAGAACCGAGAAUGAUUCGAUACCCGCUGGAAGGGAUAAUGGUUCGGCAAGGCUGGCAUCAAAUGGCUCGAGGAAUCGCACAUCGGUGCCGAAUGGCUCAUCUUCCCAACCAAACGCGCCGCCAGACCGGUCCAUAGCAUAUGGUAAUCUGACUAAGCGCUCGAAUUCAACAGGCGCCGCUUUCAUGGAGCGAACCAACCGACGUGCUUCUGGAACCGUUGGCCGACCUAAAAGACAUAGUUUGCGUUCAAGUCCUCGCGAACAACUGGACCAGAAUGGAAACAGCCCAGUAGAACAAAGUAAUGGAAGUCCCACAACACAGUCUGCAGCCCCGGAUCCGCCAUUGGAUAGCUCACGAGGUAACGGUAGUUAUCAACUACACCAGCUUGAGCCAUCCGAUCUAAAGGCUAAACAGCUGGGCCGAAGCAGCUCCACGAGGAGAUGUCGACGUCGGCUGAGCAAUAUUUUUGAUUUCCUGACUCGAAAGCACCACUAAUGGAAUCCGGUGUUUCUAUGAUGGCUGGUGGACCAGGUCUCAUCCGGUUACAUGACACCUAAUUCAGUUCUACUCUCCCUCUAGUAGAGGUGAAGAUGAGUCCACUUUUGGGCUCCAUUUUGAACAUAUUUUCAUCCCCGGUGGCCAGGUGCUAUGAAGGGGUCUUGGAAAAGCUCAAAUCAAUUUGCAUACGGUCUCCGUGGUUUCUUUCUUUACACAGCACUCUCACCUCUCCGCAGCGCUGUGAUCCUCGACGAUCCAG